AUGGCGAUAGGAUCUCUCUAAUCCAAUAUGGAAGCUAAACUGAAAGCUCUCCAGUGUCAUUUUACAUGGGGCAUUGACGAGGCUGACAUUGCAGACCUGAAAAAUCUCUUCAGAGAACUCUUAAACUUUAAAAGAUUAUGCCAUGCCCGCUACCACCCCAUAUGUUUCAACAUCUUAGCAUUUGUGAGCCACCUAGAGGGAGACAGUGGUGUUGCACUAGGGUUUCUUAAAAAGGCAGAGAAGGUGCUGAGAGAGAGGAAGGAUGAUACUGAGCUGCUGGUAACCUAUGGUAACUAUGCCUGGGUUCACUACCACGCUGGGAACAGGGAUGAGGUGACGGUCUACCUUGAGAAGCUGGAAGAGAUUUACAAGGCCCAUCCCAAGGUCUCUAUGAACCCCUGUGAUCUUCCCAUCAUCCACGGAGAGAAGGGCUGGAGCUUCUUGAGGCUAGGGGUCACCUUCUACCAGAGGGCCAGGGACAGCUUCCAGAAAGCUGUAGAGGGGAUUCCAGAUAGCGUAUCCUUCAAUGUGGGCUAUGCUUUCGUGCUGUGCCGGUUGGAGGGCAUGGGGAGGCAGAGAGGAGCAGGGGGAGGAGAGGAGGCUGGGGAUGCGAUCAAACAGCUGAAGAAGGCCCUAGUCCUGGAUCCUGACAAUAAGGACGUGAAGGCCCUCUUGGCUCUGAAGCUGCAGAACCAAAGCACAGGCAGACAGGAGGCCACCAGGCUGGUGAAGCAGGCCCUUCGUCUGGCUCCAGACGUGCCCCAGGUCACCCGCUACGUGGCCAAGAGUCUCAGUAAAGACAGUGAUCUUAAAACUAAACUACGCCAGCUGGAAUGUCACUUCACCUGGGACCUGAAGAAAGAUCACAUUGAUAUUAGAAACCUCCAGAUCAGACUACAGAACAACAUUAAACAAGAUCUGGGCAGAGAUGCAGGUGUUUCUCGCUCAUACAUCUUUCUGGCGUAUGUGAAGUAUCUCCAGGGUUACCCUGAGGAGGCCAUGGAGCACAUGCGUGAGGCUGAGAACCUGACCAGAAAGAAACACAGAGACUGUGAGAAGCAGCUUAUUGUUGCCUAUGGCGACCUGGCCUGGCUUCACUACCACAAUGGAGAUUACACAAAGAGCCAGGGAUACCUGGAGAAACUGAAGCAGAUCAAGGAGAAGUUCCCUGUGAGAUCGGGAUGCCUUCACUCUGAGGUGUAUGGGGAGAAAGGCUGGACUUUCCUCAAGUUCUCACGGAAGAACUACCACCAGGCCCUCGAGUACUUCCAGAGGGCCUUGGAACUACAGCCAGAGGAAAGUGAAUGGAACAUAGGCUAUGCUAUUGCCCUGCAUCGUACAGAGGAGAAGCAAUCCAGUCCCCAAGACUCCCUGGCUAUCAAACAGCUGAGACGAGCUUUAGAGACCAGACCAGAAAAUGGGGAGCUGCUGGCCCUGCUGGCCAUACAACUGUCCCUCUACAGGGAGUUUAAAGAGGCAGAUGAGCUGGUGGAAAAAGCCCUAGACAUGUCACCUGACGACUCAAAUGUAAUGCGCUACGUGAGUAAGUAUCUCAGGCAGCGCGGUGAUGUUGACCAGUCCAUUGACCUGUUAAAACGAGCCCUUGAUCACACAGGCCAAUCUGCUUUCAUCCACCAUCAGAUGGCUCUCUGCUACAAGAGCAAGAAGAUUAAGAUGCUAACACAACAAGGAAGUUAUCGUGCAAAAAAGGGUGAGGUCAAACGGCUGAGGUGUCUGGUCAUUGAACACCUUAGGAAGGCCACUUCUCUGAAAUCUUUCUUCAUCUGUGCUAUGGCUGAACUGGCUCUGCACUACGGGGAGGAUGGUCAACAUACCAGGGCAGAAGAUUUGUUCAAGACCACCCUGGAAACAAGCAUUGAGAAGCAGGAGCCUGCCCAGAUUGUCCACACCUUCUACGCUCAGUUCCUGCAGUACCAGGCCAAGUGUGAGCCGCGAGCCAUCGAGCAUUACACCAUGGGCCUGCAGUUGGACAAGGACUCCAGGGAGGGGAAGGUAUGUGCGGCUAGGCUGAGGAAGAUUGCAGAGGCGAGGGUGGCCAGGGACCCUUGUGAUGGAGAAGCGUGUGGGCUGUUGGGGCUGGUAUACAAGAUACAGGAGGAGAACAGCCAGGCCGUGGAGUGGUACAAGAAGGCCCUGGAGCUUGACAUGGAGAAUGAAGACUACCUCUCUGUUCUCUUUGAGCUACAUAUUAACUUACAGGAACAAACUGUCUGAAUACAAUGCUAUCCAGACAUUGUUCAAAAACCUCUUUGCCAACAAAGAUUCCGUUUAUGUAACCCAUUGGCCAAGUUCAAAACAUCAGUACACCUCAGCUAUUUACAGACACUAUAAUGUGGUUUCUAUUUGACCCAAUAUGACUCAUUAAAGCCAGAUGAUCAUGUAAAAAAGUUCAUGUUUAG